AUGUCUAAUUUCGAAGAGUCUACAUCCAAUGAUCCUACGUAUCCUGUGCUAGCAGGUCAAAAUCCAGAGAGCGCGCCCGUCGUGCAACAAGAGCAGCAACAACCCAAAGCAAACAGGAAGGCUAAUGGCGUGUACAAGCCUGGUGGUUUCCAUCCUGUCUAUAUUGGGGACAUCUACAACGGAAAAUACACCGUCUUGAGCAAGCUGGGGUACGGCCUGUAUUCCACGGUGUGGCUCGUAAGGGACACAUCUUCACCGGAAGAGGCCAAAUACUACGCUCUGAAGGUGUUGAGCGCCGACUGCUAUGGCACCGAAAAGGACAUCUUCGAACGAGAGAUCCUGCGGCACCUUCGCGAUGCUGACAGGAAUCAUGUCGGCUAUAGAUACAUUUGCCAUCUAGUAGACGAUUUUGAGCAUUCUGGACCCAAUGGCACCCAUUUAUUGUUAGUUCUGGAGCUUAUGGGCGAGAAACUAACGACUUUCGGCACGCUUUUCAACAGGACGAUGGUGCCGAAUCCACUCAUGAGACGAUUCACCUUUUACCUUCUUGCCGGUCUCGACUACGCCCAUGAUAGCAACGUCAUCCAUACUGAUAUCAAGCCUGACAAUAUCUUCGUCAACUUCAUGGACACCUCGCUCAUCGAAUCGGAAUAUCUGAAGCAGUUGCCAUCUGUGGUGCAGGACAGGCUUGCUGACACAUAUUCACCGGUGCCAUCACAGUCUCUCAAGAUGUUCUACUUCAAACUUGGCCAAUCUCUUCUGGACUUUGAAGUGGCCCUCGGCGACUGGGGCGUUUCCUCGUGGGCCGACAACCACCUUAGCGAGCUCAUCCAGCCCGUCACCCUCCGCGCGCCCGAGGUGCUCAUCCAAGCACCUUGGGAUGCCACCACAGACUGGUGGAAUCUCGGAGCCGUCCUCCUUGAAGUAUUCCGCUGUGUGCGCAUGUUUGACGGCCGGGGCCCGCCCGAUGGUCACUACGACCUGAGGCAGCAUCUCCAUGAGAUUGUUACCUACUUCGGCCCAUUCCCCAAAGCCCUUCUAGAAAAGGGGGACGCUGAGCUGGUGCAGACUUAUUUUGACGAGGCUGGCUACGUCAAGGGAGCCCCUCCCCUCGAGCUUCCCAGUCUGGAAUCUGAUGAUUAUAUGGAUGACCUGGAUGCGGAGAACCGGAAGCUUUUCGUGUCGUUUCUCCGUGCGAUCAUGAGAAUUGAUCCCCAGGAGCGCCUGUCGACCAUGGAUCUGUUGCGACAGCCGUGGUUAGGGUUGAAUUUCGGAUAA